AUGGGAGCAGGUGGUGGAUCUGACGUACUCUCUGCGCCUCGGAGCGAAGCCCAAGCCCAUGGAGCAGGAUGAGGCUGCAGUAGAGAAGCUUCGGUUUGUGCCCCCAACAUGGACUUAUGAAUGUGAUGAAGACUUGGUACAUUUCCUAUAUGAUCACAUUGGGAAAGAGGAUGAGAACUUGGGCAGUGUCAAGCAGUAUGUGGACAGCAUCGAUGUCUCAUCCUACACGGAGGACUUCAAUGUGUCAUGCUUGACUGACAGCCAUGCCGACACGUACUGGGAGAGUGACGGGUCCCAGGGCCAGCACUGGGUGCGGCUCAACAUGAAGAAAGGCACCAUUGUCAAGAAGCUCCUGCUGACAGUGGAUACCACUGAUGAGAACUUCAUGCCCAAGCGGGUUGCUGUGUAUGGAGGCGAGGGGGACAAUCUGAAGAAACUGAAUGAUGUCGGCAUUGAUGAGAGCUACAUUGGGGAUGUAUGCGUCCUUGAGGACAUGACAACACACCUGCCUGUCAUUGAGAUCCGGAUUGUGGAGUGCAGAGAUGAUGGGAUUGAUGUGCGCCUCCGAGGCAUCAAAAUCAAAUCCUCUCGACAGAGGGACUUGGGGCUUAGUGCUGACAUGUUCCAGCUGCCCAAUUUAGUGCGCUACCCUCGCCUAGAAGGGACAGACCCUGACCUGCUGUACCGACGGGCUGUCCUCAUUCAAAGGUUCAUCAAGCUCCUGGACAGUGUCCUGCAUCACCUAGUGCCAGCCUGGGACCAUACUGUUGGCACGUUCAGCAAACUCAAGCAUAUCAAGCAGUUCUUGCUGCUGUCCAAGAGGCGCACAGCUCUCAUUACCCAGUGUCUGAAGGACUCGGAGACCAGCAAGCCCAAUUUCAUGCCACGGCUCUAUAUUAACCGCCGCCUUGCUAUGGAGCACCGAGACAACCCUGCCCUGGACCCCAGCUGCAAGAACGCUGUCUUCACCCAGGUAUAUGAAGGCCUGAAACCCUCAGACAAGUUUGAAAAGCCUCUAGAUUACAGGUGGCCAUUGCGUUAUGACCAGUGGUGGGAGUGCAAAUUCAUCGCAGAGGGCAUCAUUGACCAAGGUGGAGGUUUUCGGGACAGCCUGGCGGACAUGUCGGAGGAGCUGUGUCCCAGCUCAGCAGACACCCCUGUGCCUCUGCCCUUCUUUGUGCGCACGUCCAACCAGGGUAAUGGCACUGGAGAAGCCAGGGACAUGUAUGUCCCCAAUCCUUCCUGUAAAGACUUCCCAAAGUAUGAGUGGAUCGGGCAGAUCAUGGGAGCAGCUCUGAGGGGCAAGGAGUUUCUGGUCCUGGCUCUUCCUGGCUUCGUGUGGAAACAAUUAACAGGGGAGGAGGUCAGCUGGAGCAAAGAUUUCCCUGCCGUGGACUCUGUGCUGGUAAAACUCCUGGAGGUGAUGGAAGUAAUGGACAAAGACACCUUCGAGUUCAAAUUUGGGAAUGAGCUGACCUACAAUGACCAACGCAUGGUGGAGCUGAUCCCCAAUGGCAGCAACACCGUGGUGCGCUAUGAGGACCGCAAGGAGUUCAUCCGCCUGGUGCAGAAGGCUCGACUGGAGGAGAGCAAGGAGCAGAUCAUGGCCAUGCAGGCUGGGCUGCUGAAGGUGGUGCCCCAAGCUGUUCUUGACCUUCUCACCUGGCAGGAGCUGGAAAAAAAAGUCUGUGGAGACCCUGAAGUCACAGUUGAUGCCCUGAAGAAGCUCACCCGGUUUGAGGACUUUGAGCCAUUGGACACCCGUGUUCAGUACUUCUGGGAAGCACUCAACAACUUCACCAAUGAGGAUCGCAGCCGCUUCCUCAGAUUUGUCACUGGCAGAAGCCGCCUUCCAGCACGGAUCUACAUCUAUCCAGACAAAAUGGGCUCUGAGACGACAGAUGCUUUGCCGGAGUCAUCCACCUGCUCCAGCACCCUCUUCUUGCCCAACUAUGCCACUGCCAAGGUGUGUGAAGAGAAGUUGCGCUAUGCUGCCUAUAACUGCGUGGCCAUUGACACAGAUAUGAGUCCGUGGGAAGAGUGAUGCUGCAGCCUGAUCGAGCAGCAUGGACAAUUGUUCGACAAAAACGAGCAGUGGGAAUUGCUCCCUUGUCCGCCCAGGAUGUGUAUAUAUAAUAAACAUACAGGCGUGAA